AUCCUGGAGGAACCGUGGGCUGCGGAGAAGGAAGAAGAAGAAGUAGAAGUAGAAGAAGAAGAAGAAGUGAAAGAAGGUGAAGAAGAAGUGAAAGAAGGAUAAGAAGGAGAAGGAGAAAAAGGAGAAGAAGGAAAGAGAAAAAGAAGCCUACUGAGGGUCUUUCGUCUCCUUGAAGAUGAAGGUGUGCGUGCUGGUCCUGGGUCUGUCCCUGGUUCUGACCGUCUGCGUGGCCCGGUCUCCGUACCAGGCGGUCCUGCAGCACAGCCGGAUCAGAGGCCGGCAGCAGGGACCAAACGUUUGUGCGAUGCAGCAGCUUAAAGGCACCAACAAGAAAUACUUCACCAACUGCAAGCAGUGGUACCACCGCAAGGUCUGUGGGAAGCCCACGAUGAUCACCUAUGAGUGCUGUCCUGGUUAUGAGAAGAUCCCUGGAGAGAAGGGAUGUCCUGCUGCGCUGCCUCUGGUGAACAUCUACAACACGCUGGGCGUGGUGGGGGCCUCCACCACCCAGAUGUACUCUGAGCGGGCGCAGCUGAAGGAGGAGAUCGAAGGGCCGGGCAGCUUCACCUUCUUCGCCCCGAGCAACGAGGCGUGGGCCGCCCUGCCGACGGAGAUCCUGGACGCUCUGGUGAGCAACGUGAACAUCGAGCUGCUGAACGCUCUUCAUUAUCACAUGGUGAGCCGCCGGCUGACCUCCGAGGAGCUGAGACACGGAUCCUCCUUUGCCUCCAUGUACCAGGACUUCCACGUCCACAUCCACCACUACAGCAACGGGAUCGUGACGGUGAACUGCGCUCGUCUGAUCAAACCCGACCAACACGCCACCAACGGCAUCGUGCACGUGGUCGACCGCGUCAUCACCGCCGUCUCCAACAACGUGCACAUGCUCAUCGACGUGGACGACGACCUGGAGACGCUGCGCACGGCGAUGGCGGCUGCAGGUCUGACCACCAUGUUGGAGACCGACGGCCAGUACACCAUCUUCGCUCCCACCAACGAUGCCUUCGAAAAGAUUCCUCAGGAGACCCUGAACAGGAUCCUGGGAGACCCCGUGGCUCUAAGAGACCUGCUGAACUACCACAUCCUGAAUCACAUGCAGUGUGCCGAGUCCAUCGUGUCGGGGACGCCGAUGGAGACCCUGCAGGGCACCGUGCUGGAGGUGGGCUGUGACGGAGACCAGAUGACCCUGAACGGGAAGGCCAUCGUCACCAAGAAAGACCAGCUGGGGACCAACGGAGUCAUCCACUACAUCAACGAGCUGCUCAUCCCGGACUCAGCCAAAGUUCUGCUAGAGCUUGCUGAGGAUUCGUCCGUUGCCACGGCGACCAAGCUGUUUGUGGAGGCGGGGCUGUCCUCCCACCUGACGGGCUCCGAGGCGCUGACCAUGCUGACCCCACUGGACGACGCCUUCAAAGGAAGUGACACGACGAUGACGCCUGACUUGAGGAAGCUGAUGACCAACCACAUCCUGAAGGAGCAGCUGUCCUCUAAGUCUCUGUACCACGGUCAGGAGCUGGAGACGCUGGGAGGCCUCAAGCUGCGAGUGUUCGUCUACAGAAACAACCUUUGCAUUGAGAACGCCUGCAUCGCCGCUCACGAUAAGAUGGGACGCUACGCCAGCAUGUUCACGGUGGACAAGGUCCUCACGCCGCCGAUGGGAACCGUCAUGGACGUCCUGAAGGCCGACGACCGCUUCAGCCUCCUGGUCGGAGCCGUCCAGACCAGCGGCAUGACGGAGCUUUUGAACCAGCAGGGGGCGCUGACCUUCUUCGCUCCCACCAACGACGCCUUCAACGCUCUUCCUCGGGCCGAGCUCAACCAGCUGAUGCGUAACCGUCAGGAGCUGUCGGCUGUGCUCCGGUACCACCUGGGGGAGGGCCUGCUGGUCAGCGGAGGAGUGGGAUCUCACACCAGAGUCAAACCUCUGCAGGGAGAGAAGCUGGAGUUGGGCGUGCGUAACUACACCGUGUAUGUCAACAAAGUCCCGGUCGCUGACGCAGACCUGAUGGCGACCAACGGAGUUGUCCACGCUGUCAACAGCAUGAUCAGACCUCUGCCUCCGAAGGUGGACCGAGAACAGGCUGAUGGACCUGCGGCGGCCUUCAGACCGGCGGCCUCCUACAGGGCGGACUCCAGGAGCUUCAGGGACGACGAGAUGUUCCAGAAGGUUGUCCGGAGUCGCUCCAGCAGGACGAUGAACCAGUAAAACUACGCAGAACAUCUGAGGAACCAAAGACAAAGGAAAAAUCCCCCUGAAGUCUUUUCACACUGAAGUCGGUUUCUGUUUAAUCUGAAACAGAAACCAACUUCAGCCUAACUGCUGCUGAAUGAUUAACGGAUGAAACACAACAAUUGAGUACAACCAGUUUAACCAGUUUAACCAGUUCAACCAGUUAACCAAGUACAACCAGUUUAACCAGUUCAACCAGUUCAACCAGUUCUACCAGUUAACCAAGUUCAACCAGUUUAACCAGUUCAACCAGUUCUACCAGUUAACCAAGUUCAACCAGUUUAACCAGUUCAACCAGUUCUACCAGUUAACCAAGUUCAACCAGUUUAACCAGUUUAACCAGUUCUACCAGUUCUACCAGUUAACCAAGUUAAACCAGUUCAACCAGUUCUUAUUUUGUGUUUUAAUGCAGGAACCAUCUAAAGGUUGUUGAUCACUGAUCAAUACGUGUUGAAUCAGAAGAUCUCAGGGGGAGUUUAAACAAAUUCUCAGUGUUUUGCUUUCUUUGUAAAACAAUAAAUAGUUUUGACCGAAUGUCACGUCUAAAAUCCAAAGUUUGAACUUUCACAUGUAAAACUUUUGUAAAGUGUUUUUUUGUUGUUGUUUACUCUGUGUGUUGUUGUCGUCCUGCAGCAUGUCAGCAGGCCUGAGCUCAAACAAACAAACAAACAAAGUGAUCUAAUGGAUUUAUGGAGCUUUUUUAGGACGUUUUUUCUUUGUGUUUUUUUGUAAAAUAAAACCGAAAAAUGAGCUCUGAAAAAAAAGUUGUCUGAAGUGUGUGUGUCUGUGUGUGUGAGUGAGUGUGUGUGUGUUAGUGAGUAUGUGUGUGUGUGUGUGUUAGUGUCUGUGUGUGUGAGUGUGUGUUAGUGUAUGAGUGUGAAUGUGUUACUGAGUGUGUGUUAGUGUAAGAAAGUUAUAAAAAGUCGUAUAAUAUUUCAGAUUCAUGCAAAACGUAAUAAAGAGACAGUUAGCUUUUUAUAAACCUGUUUUAUUAGUGCUAUGCAUUUCAUUAAAAAAAAAGAUUAAAUUCCA